CAGCAUAUUACCUAUAACACAACUGUUAGCUAAAAUUGACGUUUAUUUGUUUUGAAUUUUGACAGUUCAUUUGACAGUGACACCGAUUUUAAAAAAUUGAAGGUUAUUUGUGUACAUUUGAAAUAAUAAAAUCGAUGAACGAUCAAAACGUUAAUGAUACCGAUAACGAUAAUAAUAAACCUGAACAAGCGACAGUAAAAGCCGAAGAAGAAGGCGUAGACGAAAUACAACAAUUCGUAGAGGAAACGGUGAACGAUUUGUGCACUUGUGCGGUGAAAAGGGCCGGAAUAAAAGCCUUCAUAGACGGUGAAAUAAAGGAACUCUGUUCGUGUACGGGUAAAAUUUCGACGCUCGCAAUCGAAAGAGACGUUAUUACUUCAUCCUUGUACCUUCCGGACGUUCCGAGCAUUUCGAAUAUCGUAGAAUCCAAUUCGGGGAAUUUAGCAAAAAGUAACACCAGCACAUAUUUUCCCAUCGGUUAUACCACUAGUAAUUUAAAUGAUAUAUUAAGUUUCGACGAAAAUGACUGGACUAUAAUGGAUAAUGCCACCGACGGUUCUGGAGAAGACAAGGAUUUAGUGUCCCUAUCUGCACUGGACAUUCCUUCGAUAAUAUUAGACAAAAUGGAAGAUUUAUUCCCCGAAGAAAACAACACCCUUUUAAAGUACGGUCCUCUAAUAGGAGCCAUCGACGAGGGAACCUCCAGCACUCGAUUUCUGGUGUUUGCCUCGAAAACCGCAGAAGUCCUCACGUAUCAUCAGAUACCCAUCGAAUCCAUCGUGCCUCAAGAAGGCUGGUUCGAGCAAGACCCCAAGGAAAUACUCAACGCUGUAAUAGAAACCAUUAAAGUAACCUGCGACAAUCUAGGCAAAUUAAACAUCAACGUAAGCGAGAUAGCUGCUAUCGGAAUUACGAACCAAAGAGAAACCACUAUAGUUUGGGAUAGUUUAACCGGUGAACCUUUGUAUAAUGCCAUAGUAUGGAUGGACACGAGAACUCAUAGUACAGUCGAUGAAAUCCUGAAAUUUGGAAUGAGGAACCAGAACUUCCUGCAACAAUUAUGCGGCCUGCCGGUCAGCACUUAUUUCAGCGCUUUAAAAAUCAAAUGGCUAAUGGACAAUGUACCUCAUGUUAAAGAGGCCAUCGAGGACAAACGGUGCUUGUUCGGAACGGUCGAUACUUGGCUGAUAUGGAAUCUCACAGGAGGCGUAAAAGGCGGUAUACACAUCACCGAUUGCACCAACGCCUCCCGUACGAUGCUGAUGAACAUCGAAACCUUAGAUUGGGAUCCGAAACUGUGCGAAAUAUUCGGCAUUCCCAUGCACAUAUUACCCACCAUUAAAAGCUCUUCGGAAAUAUACGCCUGUAUUUACAUGAAUUCGGUGUUGGACGGUGUUCCCAUAUCGGGCAUUUUAGGCGACCAACAAGCCGCUCUGGUAGGUGAAAUGUGCUUUAACAACGGCCAAGCGAAGUGUACAUAUGGCACUGGAUGCUUCAUUCUCUACAACACCGGCCCGAGAAAAGUAUUAUCUUCGCACGGUCUACUCACCACCGUAGCUUACCAAUUCGGUCCGAAAACGACGCCCAUAUACGCCCUCGAAGGUUCCGUAGCGAUAGCAGGUAUCGGUAUUAAAUGGUUGAGAGACAAUUUGGAGAUACUAAAAGAUGUAUCGGAAUCCACCGAUAUGGCGUUAUCGGUCGGUACGGAAGGCGAAGUGGUAUUCGUACCGGCAUUUUCCGGAUUGUACGCCCCCUACUGGCGAAAAGACGCCAGAAGCGUGAUAUGCGGUCUAACCGAAGAAACCAAACCGGGCCAUCUGGUCAAAGCCGCCCUCGAAGCCGUUUGCUUUCAAGUCAGAGACGUCCUCGAAGCGAUGACGUUGGACUGCAACAUGUCGUUGAACAAGCUGCUGGUGGACGGCGGCAUGACGGUCAACGAUUACCUCAUGCAAAUGCAAUCGGAUUAUUGCGGGAUACCCGUAGUUAGGCCUACUUUGACGGAGACGACUUCGUUCGGGGCCGCCGUUGCUGCUGGUAUUGCGAAAGGAAUCGCCGUGUGGGAGUUGGAUAAAAUUUUACCGGUGCCUUGCGAUACUUUCAAUCCGCUGAUAUCGGAGGACGUGAGAAAUAUGAAAUAUUCCAAAUGGAAAAUGGGCAUCGAGAGGAGCAUCGGUUGGGUGAAAUCGGGCAAUCUCGCCGACGAUAUAAAUUUACCUAGAAUGGUAGAAUGGGACGAUGACGAAGCAGGGGGAAAAAUAGCAGCAGCUGCUCCAGCCGGCCUCUUCCUACUCGGCGCUGCGGUUUUCAUAGCAUUCUCUGAGUUCAUGCGACGGAGAUUAGUGUAAUUUUUUACUUAAAAACCAAUUAAGAUCAAACCUACGAUUGUAAAAUUGUUUUCCAGCCCGUCGAUGGGAAGCUGUUAGUUUUAAGUUUUUAGUCAGCGAAUUGUUUGUGAAGAGUUUAUACUAGAUAAAACGCAAGUCUGAAAUAUUUUAGCGAAUGUUCCUAUAGAUUUUUAUAUAAAAAAAAAUGUGAAAUAGCACCCGAACUGUUAAACAGUAUUACAAUAAAGUUACGGAGUACUUUUUAAACCGAUUAAUUGGUUCCAUUUCUACUUAUAACACAAUUUCCGAUCCGAGCCAAUCGAAUUUCCCGGAGCGUCCGGUUCCGCAGCCUCCCGCCAGAUGGCGCGUUUCGCGUCUCCCGUCUUAUUUCCACGCGGAGAUGCUGGCCAAAAGGAGACGGGAAAAAUCGAUAGGCGACCAGCUCUAGCCCUCCUCGUCGCUCCCGCCGGACGGCCGCUAUUCCGCGCUACUCCCACACGGUCCUCGUCCAGCGCACAAACACACACACACACACACAUACAUGCACUCUCAAUUCUCGCACGAAUACUCGCGUACACGACACGCUGUUCUCUGCGGAUUCGCCGUGGAAAAGGUUUGGUAGUUUUUCGCGGCGGGGACGAAUUAAAGACGAGCGCGAGAAGAGUUUUUGUGUCGGUUUAUCCAGCGAGCCCUCGAGCUGAAUGAGUGAAUGUGUUUCGGCGGUCCGGGCAUUGAUUCUGCGAUAGAGGUAAUAUCGCGCUUUCAUUUAGAACCCCUUCCGUUAUAUGCACCUCUUAAUGCCAGAUGGUGGAAUCGCGGGAUGGAUCUUUUGCGUCGAAAAAAUCCAAGCCUUUUGACAUUUACGGAUCGAAAUCGGGCGAGAUUUAAUGCUGUUGC